GCUUAUUUGUGCUCAGCUGAGUGAUGACUCUGGCAUAUGAACAGACUGUUGAUAAAGCGUUUGUCAAACGCAAAUAGCGCAUUCUUCUACGUGGUCUGCCCUUCGUAGGGUGUAUAACGGUCUCGUGGUCAAGAUAAGCUUGCAUGCUAACCUUUUGGUUCAGGUUUCCCAGUUUCAACUUAGUCCGCUUAGCUGCUUACUAUGUUCACGGUUUUUACGCGAAAGCUUCGCAGUUCGCGCUUACUUGUUUUCGUAUACCUUCACUUCGCGUCUACUGGACUGACAAAGGGUGCCAGUAGUAACCGUUCCCUCACACUCUUGCACAUAGUCUACAGACAUGGCGACCGGACCCCCAUUUCGACGUACAAGGACGAUCCGUAUCCCCUGUCAGUUUGGAAAGAAGGGCCUGGCCAGUUGACAAAUACCGGGUGCAAGCAGCACUACUUGCUGGGCGGCCACCUCAGGAACAUUUACUCAAACCACGGCCUCAUCACGGGCAAUCCUCACGAGAUACACGUAAGAAGCUCAGACAGAGACCGCUGUCUGGCCAGUGCAUCCUGCCACCUUGCCGGGAUGUACCCACCUUCGGGACGGUGGGUCUGGGACGAUAAGUUUGACUGGCAGCCAGUCGCCAUUCACACGCGGCCCGUCGAAGAGGAUCCGAUGCUAGCACCAGGUGAAGGGGACUGUCCGGCGGCAACCAAGGAAGACGAACGCAUCAAGGCCUCUCCAGAGGGACAGCUCUUCCUUGAGAAGUACCACAAACUGUACGUCUACCUGACGGAAAUGUCGGGAUCAAUCAUAAAAGAUUGGUCAACGACGGAGCAACUUUUCAAUACCCUUUACAUCGAGAAGCUGUACAAUUUCACCUUGCCCAAGUGGACAGAGAAGGUGUGGUCCAAUAUGAGCUACCAGUACGACCAGAGUUUUGUUUUUUAUGCCAAGACUCCACUGCUUCAGAGGCUACGUGCAGGUCCGUUGCUUGGCGACAUCACAGCACAUAUGGCGGCGAUAUCUGAGAAUAAAUCUGAGAACAACUACAAAGUCUACAUGUAUUCCAGUCACGACACAGAAAUAGCAUCUCUGAGGGAGGCCCUCGAAAUCUUCAACAACAAGGCCCCAGAGUACUGCUCCACGGUUAUCUUUGAACUGUGGCGGGAGGCAGACAACACCUAUUCCGUAGAUACCUACACGCUGGAUGCAAACCACAUGGAUCCGCAGCCUCUGACCAUUCCAGGGUGUGGCACCCAAAGUUGCCCCUUGCCAACAUUCCUCAAAGUUGCCCGUGCCAAGGUGCCCGCUGAUUGGGCACAAGAGUGUGGACUGAAGAAACUCAUUACAUUUUCUACUACAGAGCUGGCAAUCAUCGCUGGAGUAAUGGCUGUGCUCCUGCUUACUGUCUUCGUCGUGGGCCUCUACUGUGUAUGCAGCAGACACGGCAACAAGAAAAGGACAGUGGCAUAUUCCCCUCUGCCAACUGAACUGUCCAUCAAUUGACUGCCAUUAUUAAGAGUACCGUAGGUUAAUCCUCCACUAUUAUACGAGCCGAAUAAUGUAUUUACUGUUUAGGUAUACAUCCUUUUAUACGCGAUUCACGGGAACUGUGCCUAGUCAGUCAGUGGGUUUACUGUUAUGUAUAUAACUUGUCCUCGGCAUAUCCAAUUGACAUAUAUUUACAUUAAGACGUACCUUUAGAAGCUUUUACAUAGCAAAAUAUCGUGUUGUUGGAGCAAACGUUGAUGAAUGUGAUGCUGCAAAAUCACCAGGUUAAUUAAGCAUCGUGUAGUGUAUGCUACGUGAAGUGGGAAUACCCAAAGCAAUUCAUAGUUAUGCAGGACAUAGAUGUUUAUUGCUCUACCAGUCAUGAGAAAGAACAAAUUGGAAGAUUUUUGAAGCAGUCACACAAUCCUGCUUUAUAUUCUGUGCCUCUGUUGUUAGAUAUUAUUGUAUGUGGUUCAUAUUUUUACUGGUUGUACGAUGUGCCACAGUAAUUCCGUGGUUCCUGCAGAACCACCCGUUAAUUCAGACGUUUCGAUAAUUCCGACAUUUCCUGUCGGAACUGUGAUAAUUGAGCAUUUCCAUCCAGAUUACAUGGCAUGAAUUUCAUGUUAGGUGCCAGCAGUCCAAGGGAAUUUGGAACUGUACAUGCAGAUCUCUUGUUGUAUUGUUCUAACCAUAUAUGCUCACCUAUUUGUUUUAUACAAAUCUAAAUGUAGAAAGUUUUUUGUUUUUUUACAAUAAGUAUGGAAUUUUUGCUGAGUGAAUAGUGCUUUCAAAGCUACUUAUUCACGGGUUUACCCCUGUGCUGUUAGGUCUGUUUCUUUUUUUUCUCUCUCUCAUGUCAGGUGUUUAAACAAUCUGGUUUUGUGUUGGAAGCUAUGAAAGAGUGAUUUAUUUUUUUAUAUAUUUUUCACAUGCACUGUUUGAUUUUAUCCAUGCAAUAUAGUUCAAGCAUGCAUGCCAUGCUGACCGUCCUACAAAAGCAAGUUUGCAGUUUGCAGUGAAGCAGAAAAGUAAAAAGUUCAAAACAUGUA